AUACGCAAAAUAAUUGGCUUUAUUUUGUUCCGUCUGGACUGGCGCGAUAGACUGUCAACUUUGGACCAGAUCAACUUUACCAAACUUAACCCUUCCUUCGCUCUGUUCCUAUUGACGUCUCGUCUCGCAACAUCCCUUGUUUCCUCCUGCAACCUUCACGAUCAGGUUGAAGUAUUAUGUUAGCGGGAUGUGCAGUAAGGCAGCUUUGUGAUCUUUUAAGGUUGUCUGAUAGUGGCACUUUUAUCAAAGGAAUCCAGUGCAAUUAUCCAUUGAUUCUUGAGUAGCUAUGCUACCCACAGGAGUGAAAGAUACCCAACUCCGCGAGAGCAACAGCCAAAAAGUCCACCCUCAACCCAUGGAAGAGACCAAUAAUCAGAAUCCUGAAGCCUUCGAAGCCCUGAUAUCCAAAAUAUUUAAUAACAUUUCCUCCCUCAAGUCGGCUUACAUACAGCUCCAAGAUGCUCACACUCCCUAUGACCCUGAUAAAAUCCAAGAUGCUGAUAAGCUCGUAAUUUCUGAAUUGAAGCAUUUGUCUGAGCUCAAGCAUUUUUAUAGAGAGAACAACCCCAAGCCAGUCUGUGUUUCUCCUCAAGACUCUCGCUUAGCUGCUGAGAUCCAAGAACAACAGAGCUUGCUGAAAACCUAUGAGGUCAUGGUGAAGAAAUUCCAAUCUGAAAUUCAGAAUAAAGAUUCUGAGAUCGUUCAGUUGCAGCAGCAAAUUGAGGAGGCAAACCAGAAGCGAGUGAAACUAGAAAAGAAUCUAAAACUUAGGGGCUUGUCUACCAAAGAAUCUGAACUUUCUACUGGCAAAAAUGGAUUUUUUCCUGUGGAUCUGACCACUGAGCUCUUCACCUCAACUGUGGAGGCUGCUUACAAAGCCAUUCAUGAUUUUUCAAAACCAUUGAUCAACAUGAUGAAAGCUGCUGGCUGGGACCUUGAUGCUGCGGCUAACUCAAUUGAGCUAAAUGUUGUUUAUGCCAAGAGAGCCCACAAGAAAUAUGCGUUCGAGUCUCACAUAUGUCAGAGAAUGUUCAGUGGCUUUCAGCAAGAAAAUUUCUCCAUUAAAUUAGAUGAUAUUACAGUCGGUAAAGAGAGCUUCUUCCACCAAUACCUUGCUAUGAGGGAGAUUGAUCCAUUAGAUGUGCUGGGGCAAAAUCCAGAUUCUAUUUUUGGUAAAUUUUGCAGGAGCAAAUACUUAGUGGUGGUUCAUCCGAAGAUGGAAGCUUCAUUCUUUGGGAACUUAGAUCAGCGAAAUUAUGUGAUGGGAGGUGGACACCCUAGGACUCCAUUUUACCAAGCCUUCUUAAAACUGGCCAAGUCAAUCUGGCUUCUGCACAGGCUGGCUUACUCUUUUGAGCCUAAUGUAAAACUCUUUCAGGUUAAAAGGGGGAGUGAAUUCUCAGAGGUUUAUACGGAAAGCGUGGUAAAGAAUUUCGUGAUGGUUGAAAAUGAUCAGAAGCCAAAGGUUGGACUAAUGGUUAUGCCUGGAUUUUGGAUUGGGAGCAGUGUGAUUCAGAGUCGAGUUUAUCUCUCUGGAAUGAAGGUUGAUGAAUAAUUUUCCUUUCCUGAUAUAUCUCUGCCCCAAUUAUGGAAUUAAUCUUAAAUAUCGGCUAGCUGUGUUUGCGUUGUCAUUUUCGAUUUUGUUCUCGUAGUAAUGUAAUUGUAUCUUGACAUAUAAUUAGCUCUUCAUCUUUCUUGACCAACAACUCUCUUUCAGCGUUUCAUUUCAUAU